GUGUUUCUAUCAACUUUAUUUUAAAAGUAAUGGACAAAAUGACUGUUGAUCCAACCAAAUCGAUUCCUGCAUUUUACGCUAGACAAUGUAUACUUUUGACUGGUGCAACAGGAUUUCUGGGUAAAGUUUUUAUCGAAAAGAUAUUACGAUCUUGUCCAGAUGUUCGUGAAAUAUUUCUGUUAAUGCGGCCGAAGAAAGGAUUAAGUAUUAAAGAAAGGCUCGAUAAAAUAUUAAACCUAUCACUAUUUGAAAAAUUGCGCGAGGAGCGACCUUCCAAUUUUGAGAAAUUAAUUGCAAUUUCUGGUAAUGUCAGUGAGAAGGGAUUAGGUUUGUCGGCUACGGACAAGCAAAUGCUGGUUGAAAGAGUGACCAUAAUAAUUCAUGCAGCCGCGAGUGUGAAAUUCAAUAACAGUUUAAAGUAUGCCAUAUUUGCUAAUACAAGAGCAACAAGAGACAUUUGUAUUUUAGCAAAAAGUAUGAAGAAUUUAAUCGCAUUAAUAUACGUUAGUACAGCAUUUGCACAUGUGAAUGAACCAUUUGUAGAUGAAAAAGUGUACUUGCCAAUAGCUGAUUGGCAAAAGAUAAUUGAAAUAGUCGAAACUUUCGAUGAGCAUACUUUAAACAUUUUUACGGCUAAGUGUUUAGACUAUGCACCCAAUACGUAUAUCUUUUCAAAAAACCUAUCGGAAAAGGUAAUACAAGAUUAUUCUUCCUCCUUGCCUUGUGCGAUUGUAAGACCUCCCAUUGUAACGUCAACGUUGCAAGAACCUAUUCCAGGAUGGAUAGAUAACGUUUAUGGUCCAAUAGGACUUUAUAUUGGCGCUGGAAAAGGAAUAAUACGAGUAGCAUAUGUAAAUGAAACUAGUAGGAUAGAUGGAGUACCAGUAGACAUUGUCAUCAAAGUUGUAAUAAUCGUAACUUGGAAGGUAGGAUUAACCACGUAUGAUCACAGCAUUACAGAUUCCGCACCUUUAGUUGUAAAUUGCACAAGUUUAAAAUACAUUACCUAUGAAGUUACUCAAAAUGUAUCCUUCAGUGUUAUAAAUGAGGUACCUUUGGAAGGAAUUGUCUGGACACCUCAUUUAAUAUCAACUCAAAAUCCUGUUAUAUUGUAUAUACUAACAAUAUUAUUGCAUAUUCUACCAGCUGUAUUAAUAGAUCUUAUUUUAAAAUUUGCUGGACAUCAACCAAC